AUGGCUACCAAGUCAGUUGCUACCUUACCUCCCCGGUACGAAUUUGAAUCGCCAUCAGCAGAUUCCAUCCAAUGUACUGGCAAACCAUCGAUAUUCUCCUUCAUGCAGAAGAGGGAGAAACGAGCAAUCAUUUUAUCUCGCAUCCGUGACAUCGUUUCCGCUCCCGAUUUUUCAUCUUCCUCUAUCGUUCCAACCGUCAAUACAUGUGCUGCUGCUAUCUCACCUGCAGAAUUCUCCAAACUCCUGCAAAAACUCAAUAUCGAAGCCUUCUCGGCAUUUGUUUCAUUCAUCGCUCAAUUCUCGUCUGUUUGCUCCUCCGACUUGCGUCUCGCUUGUAUGUUGACCGGUGACCACGCAUUGUUUGUGCAGUUGAAAUUAGCACGCGUUAUCAGUUCCGAGGACGAGUCUUUCAGAAAAUUUUUGGGUUGUCCACCGGACGAGGUCCAGAUCCAUGAUACAGGGGACGGCAUGCGCAAGAUCCAAUUUAACGUUUGUUUCCGCAUUGGAAUGUUUCAGAAGCGACUGCUCACCCAACGACAAUUUGGCACAGAAUUUGUUGCGGCGGGGCGUAUUUGGUUGCUCCGAAUGUCACCAGUGGCACCCUACUGGCUUUGCCGCGUUAACUUGAGUCUUUCUGAUGAAAGCUUGCCAACGCAUCUAGAUACUGUCCUGGUCAUCGAGGCUCACUCGGGGAAACCUGGAUGUGAAAUCCCACCUCAGGAUCUGCAAGUAGGGCGUACCAGCGGGUCUUUGGUCAUGGCGUCUUGCUGGUUCCUCACAUGGACCCUGGAACAUUGGCCGAUGUACGAGUAA